ACAUCUAUACCCACUUCAAGAUCUUUUGCAGUUGGUAUCUCUCGCUGCUUGGCCCUGCUUGAAACCAAUUUAUCCGUUGCUGCACCAUGUCUACGUUGACUCACCUUCGCGUGCUUCUGUUGGUAUGUGGCCUAAUCCAUACUGGACUUGCCCGCUUGAAUCCAGAGCUUCUUGCUAUUGCUGAGAUUAACCAGCAGUAUAAGGCUGCAAUGGAAUCCGGUGACAUGAAUUCGAUUCUGGCGCCGUACUCAGAAAACAUUCUGUUUCUUCCAAAUGGGCAUCAAAGCAUCGUUGGAAAAGAUAAAUUGGCAAGCUAUUUCAGCUCAGUGUUACCCCGCGUGGGGAGGAUGGAAUACAACAUAAAGUAUUUGGAUUAUAUCAACCAGAGGACUGGAUUGGUCUUGGAAUUGCUGACAGUGACUGUUUUGGACAAGCAGGGAAACGUAACUCUCAAAGGAAGGACCCUACUCCACUGGAAAUGGGAUCCACAGACUAGAGGUUUUAAGGUAAUGCUGGAGAUGAUCAACAGCGACCAAUAGAACCAGUAACGCCGUCUAGAGAAUAGACCGCUGAUGGACGUUUUGACCUCGGAUAAGAAUAUGACAUAGAAGUGUGAAAAUCAACUACAUUUUCCACUUGUAGGUGGAUUGAGGUGUUUAUCAUGUCUUUUAUUUUUCAAUCUUUCAUUUCAAUGUUAGAAUUAUGACACCAUGGUGGUCAUAAAUCAAGAACUAUACAGUUCUUGGCGUUGAAAUAAACACAUUGUAGCAUUAGAGGUAGGUGUAAAGUUUUUUCGAAAUUGGAAAUGCUGAAGAACAGUGCAUAGUGCUGUGAAUAUAUUUUUAGCUUGGUAGGUGUUCGGCUUUGGAUGCUCCAAAAAUCUUAGUUGAAACUCAAAUUGAAAUAAUAUCAAUCCUUAAAAUGAUGUUUUCCUAGAAUUUCUCUACAUUUUAACACGUAUUAAGAAGUCUUUUUCCGGACUUGGUCUGCCUAACAGUUUGC